AUGGCUUCGGAUCUUAGUAGAACUGGACCAGUUGAAAGAGACAUCGAGCAGGCCAUCACAGCUUUAAAGAAAGGGGCUUACUUGCUCAAGUAUGGAAGAAGGGGAAAGCCAAAGUUCUGUCCAUUCCGUCUUUCCAAUGACGAGUCGGUUUUGAUAUGGUUCUCUGGGAAAGAGGAGAAACAUCUCAGGCUAAGCCAUGUAUCUAGAAUCAUAUCUGGGCAGCGCACACCAAUUUUUCAAAGGUAUCCACGCCCUGAGAAGGAGUACCAGUCGUUUUCUCUUAUCUAUAAUGAUAGGUCACUGGACUUAAUUUGCAAGGAUAAAGAUGAAGCUGAGGACAUAUACUCGCAGAAGCUCCCCUUGAAUUCUCCAUUUAGUAGUAAUGACAGUUUGCAGAAGGAUGCAGAUCACCUUCGCCUUCACAGUCCAUAUGAAAGCCCCCCAAAGAAUGGUUUGGAUAAAGCAUUUUCUGAUGUGAUAUUAUAUGCUGUUCCUCCAAAAGGUUUUUUCCCCUCAGACUCUGCUAGUGGUUCAGUACAUUCUUUAUCAUCUGGAGGCUCGGAUAGUGUUCAUGGUCAUAUGAAGGCAAUGGCAAUGGAUGCUUUUAGAGUUAGCCUAUCAAGUGCUGUUAGCUCGUCAAGCCAAGGUUCUGGUCAUGAUGAUGGUGAUGCAUUGGGGGAUGUUUUCAUUUGGGGUGAAGGAACGGGGGAUGGUGUACUAGGUGGUGGAACUCAUAGAGUUGGAAGUUUCUUUGGUGUAAAAAUUGAUUCUUUGUUGCCUAAAGCCCUGGAAUCUGCAGUUGUACUUGAUGUCCAGAACAUUGCGUGUGGUGGACAACAUGCAGCCUUAGUGACCAAGCAAGGAGAGAUUUUCUCCUGGGGUGAGGAAUCUGGGGGCAGGCUUGGGCAUGGUGUAGACUCUGAUGUUUUGCAUCCCAAGCUUAUUGAUGCCCUCAGUAAUACAAAUAUUGAGCUCGUAGCAUGUGGGGAGUACCAUACAUGUGCUGUAACCCUUUCUGGUGAUCUGUACACAUGGGGUGAUGGAACUUAUAAUUUUGGUCUUCUAGGACAUGGAAACGAAGUAAGUCACUGGGUCCCAAAAAGAGUGAAUGGGCCCUUGGAAGGCAUACAUGUCUCAUCCAUCUCUUGUGGACCCUGGCACACAGCAGUUGUGACCUCUGCUGGGCAACUGUUUACUUUCGGUGAUGGCACAUUUGGUGUUCUGGGUCAUGGAGAUCGAAAAAGCGUUUCAUUGCCAAGGGAAGUGGAAUCGCUCAAGGGGCUCCGCACUGUCCGAGCUGCCUGUGGUGUUUGGCAUACUGCUGCUGUUGUAGAAGUUAUGGUUGGAAAUUCAAGUUCCAGCAAUUGCUCUUCAGGGAAACUGUUUACUUGGGGAGAUGGAGAUAAAGGCCGACUUGGGCAUGGUAACAAGGAAGCAAAGUUGGUUCCUACAUGUGUUGCUGCUCUUGUUGAACCCAAUUUUUGCCAAGUUGCGUGUGGACAUAGUCUGACAGUUGCACUUACAACGUCUGGCCAUGUGUAUACAAUGGGCAGUCCUGUUUAUGGACAGUUGGGCAACCCACAAGCUGAUGGAAAGCUCCCAAUUCGUGUUGAAGGAAAACUCUCAAAGAGUUUUGUUGAGGAGAUUGCUUGUGGUGCCUAUCAUGUUGCAGUUUUAACUUCAAAAACUGAAGUUUACACCUGGGGCAAGGGCGCAAAUGGAAGACUAGGUCAUGGGGAUACAGAUGAUAGAAAUUUUCCAUCAUUGGUGGAAACCCUGAAAGACAAACAAGUAAAAAGUAUUGCUUGUGGUACUAAUUUUACUGCAGCUAUCUGCCUUCAUAAGUGGGUCUCUGGUGUUGACCAGUCUAUGUGUUCUGGCUGCCGCCUACCAUUUAAUUUCAAAAGGAAGCGGCAUAAUUGUUAUAAUUGUGGAUUAGUUUAUUGUCAUUCGUGCAGCAGCAAGAAGUCUCUCAAAGCUUCAAUGGCACCAAAUCCAAACAAACCAUACCGUGUCUGUGAUAAUUGCUAUAACAAACUAAGAAAAGCAAUUGAGACUGAUGCUUCUUCUCAGUCUUCUGUGGGCAGGAGAGGUUGUGUCAAUCAAGGGCCGAGCGAUUUUAUUGAUAAAGAUGAGAAGUUGGACUCCAGAUCUCGUCCACAUCUUGCUAGAUUUUCAUCCAUGGAAUCCUUGAAGCAAGCAGAAAGCCGAUAUAAGAGAAACAAAAAACUUGAAUUCAAUAGCAGCAGGGUUUCACCUGUUCCGAAUGGAGGCUCUCACUGGGCAGCCCUUAAUAUUUCUAAAUCUUUUAAUCCGAUGUUUGAUGAUGCUAAAAGGACAAAUGAGAGCCUUAGCCAAGAGGUUAUUAAAUUAAGAGGGCAGGUGGAGAAUCUUUCUCGCAAAGCCCAGCUUCAAGAAGCUGAGCUGGAAAGAACAACCAAACAGCUGAAGGAAGCAAUAGCCAUUGCAGGAGAAGAGACUGCUAAAUGCAAAGCAGCAAAAGAAGUGAUCAAGUCACUUACUGCACAAUUAAAAGACAUGGCUGAAAGGCUACCUGUGGGAGCGGCCCGAAGCAUCAAAUCACCUUCCUUUACUUCAUUUGGCUCCAGUCCUACAUCCAAUGAUGUUUCUACCAUUGACAGUUUGAAUGGUCAAAUCACUUGCCAAGAGCCAGACACAAAUGGAUUGCAUAACCAGUUGCUUUCUAAUGGUUCAAGCACCACCAGUAACCGCAGUGCAGGUCACAACAAACAAGGCCAUUUGGAAGCAACAACUAAAAAUGGAAGCAGAACCAAAGAAGGUGAAUUGCGUCAUGAAGCUGAAUGGGUUGAGCAAGAUGAGCCUGGUGUAUAUAUAACGCUUACCUCCCUACCCGGAGGCGUCAAGGAUCUUAAGCGAGUGCGCUUCAGUCGGAAGCGGUUCAGUGAGAAACAAGCAGAACAAUGGUGGGCAGAAAAUAGGGCAAGGGUAUAUGAACAGUACAAUGUGCGUAUGAUUGACAAGUCAAGUGUUGGUGUUGGGAGUGAGGAUAUGGCUCAUUAG